GUUUGAUAGUCGCACAAAUAUCCACUGAGCUGCGUAUCGAAGACAGGCCACGCAAGCCAUCUCCGCACUUACCUUGGCCACCAACCCAAUAGGCUCCAAGCCAAAGUCAUCCUCGUCUGCCUCCUUCCCAAUGAACACCACAACCCCCUCCGGCCCGCUCCUCUCCCUCACCCCCUACCCCCUUGCCCAUCUCCCUCCCUCCCCUCAAACCAACAGCUCCUCAGACUACCCCGACCUCCCCACUCCCACUCCCUCCGCGCCCUCAGCCACCUCCCUCCUCACAUCCCUCCUCGCCGAAGCCCUCUCCCUCCUCUCCUCCGCCGCCCCCCGCGACGGCUCCCGCCCCUCCUGGACCCAACAGCGAAAGCCCCGGCAUUACCCCAACUCCACCGCCCCCGUUCACCUCUCCUCCAGCCCACACAACGGCGCACACUGGGUCUGUAGGCGCAGCUCACACCGCGACGCCGCGCAGCGCGGAACAGCGUCAUGGACUGAGUUCGAGGCCGCGUUCAAGACGGAACAUACGCUCCAUGAACAGGAAUUCACGCCUUCAGUGAUGGGCUUCGAGAGAGUCGCAUGGUGGGAGGAGGGAGUGAAAGAUAUGAGCCUCGAGAUCCCGCGUGAGCAGUGGAAGGGAGUUAGCCUGGAGCUGCUAGAGAUCGCACAUAGCCUCCCCAAGCCCCUGAACCCGCGCUCCUUCCCGGUGCUGCAGGGGAUCGCAGAGAGGGUUGAUGUGGGUGUGGAGGGCGGGGAGUUUGUGGUGGUGACCGUGCCGGUGGAUGUGAAGUGGAAGGUGUGGGCGCAAGCGGUGCCGGCGAGGUAUGCGGCGGUAGAACGGUUUCAGAGGGUUGGGGCGAACGUGGAGUGGGUUAUGGCGACGGCGUCGAGGGCGGGGGGUGUGUUGCCCGGGUGGGCGCAGGAUAUGUCUGUCCCCGGGGUGGUGGCGAAGGAUGUGGAUUUGUACUUGAAGUGGGAGGCUGAACAGCGAGUGAGGAGGGCGGAGACGGAGACGAAUGUGGAGGAGUCACCGGAAAAUGAUGGUGCGGAUUGAUGAGGUGAGCCCGGAGCCAUAGGAUGGACUGUAACGGAGGAGCAAUCUGAUACUAGGGGGUCGUUGGAUGAUGCAGAGUCGCUGGCUCCAGGAAAUGUUGGAGGGGGAAUACCAUGAAAGGGAAGAGCCGUAAUAGGAGUGUACGCCGCGGAUUGCGAUGGAGGAAGGAAGGGAAGGUCACUGAAGACACCAUGGAAUCUCAAAAG